AUGGCGAUCAGACGUGGAGACUGCGCAGAUAAGACGGGAAUUUCAUUGUUCAAUUGGGAAAAGCUAUCAUCGAACCAAGGCAGGAGCCCAGGCCUCAAUUCAGCCCGAUCUUUACAAGGUCCUGGUAACGAUCAUGUUCACAGUGUCGAUCCCUUUGCCGAGUCUGUUGAGGCAGACCCGCCCGAGCCCGGCGCCGCAGAGGUCGGAAAAGUGAUUCCGCCGCUAUCACCAGCAACGACGAAGGUACUUCCAGCAAGCUUGUCAAAGAGCUUCUACGCAUUCUUUCAUAUUGAACGUCUCGGGUACGAACGAAGGGUCGAAGAGACCAGGAUUUGCAAUGCACUUGAGAGCCAAGUCAAGAAAUCAAGAGCGGGCCGUCAUUUGCACGCACGCAACCCCGAUGACCCUCGGUGGUUGACGUUUGAAAUGCCCCCGCCGCCCGAGUCCAAGGCUCUCUCAGACUCUCACAUUCAACACGCCCUCGAAGUAUGGGCUGCCUGGUUGUCACAGCUUCGGCGGCCCAACUUGCCCGUCAUGAGUUUACAUGCGGUUAGGUCGCGUUCAUUUUGCCUCGUAAAGCAGCUAUUCUCCCUCGAAUUCGACGUCCUUGGCUUCUUGUCGUGCCUUGCAAACUACUCAGCUUCCAGCGGCUCCUUUGCUUGGAAUGUCGUACAGCUUGUUCUAUCAUCCGAUAUCUCAGGUCGGUCACAUAUCCGUCAAAUGAAAUCUAUCGUGCUCGGGUGCCUCGACAUUCAAAUGUCUGGACGUACAAUUCAAAACAUUAUCCUGAUCCUACCUCGUGUUGGCCACGUCGAAAGGUCUGGAAGUCGGGAUGCACCAUUGCACAGUCUUACCGGUGGUACAACGCCCGCUUUUGUCAGAUUGAUGGGGAAUCGUGUAAUUCUUUGCUGUGCCGACUUUCUUUACGGCGUGCUCCACAAACAACUUCUAAGAUUCGCUGGCGGGUACCUUGUAGGUUCUUUUCCGCAGAAUCAGGUUAUUACCUCGCGGUAUGCUGUCUUGACAUUGAAAACCAGAUAUACUCCCUAUCUUGCGUUCCGCAUUCCGCGUUUCCGCAGUAAUCUCGCGGCUUCUCCUGUCGGGCACCAUCGAGGAAUGCAGUGUUCCAGACAUAUGUACGUAUAUGCGCAUAUAGUCGUAUUUUCGGACACGGCGACUGCGGCAUCUAAUAUUAAUAAUGUAAGUUCAACAACUUUCGAAGACAUGAGGUUCUUUAUUGGACGUUCGAGUGCUCCUUUGUGCCUUCCCGUCUAA